AUGGGCACCGGGACCAAAUUUUUCUGGUCCCGGUGGUCAUCUCUAGGCACGACAGCUAUACGUUAUCGACUUGAAAGAGGUGUCUUGGGUAUUGUGUGGCAUGGUUAUGGCGAUGAGGAAAAAGGCUGGCAAGAACGGAAGAAGUCUCUGAUGACGGUUCUUGCCAAACCUUUGAGCAAAUACGUUAUCCAUUCCGUCUCUUUUGGUUCUGAACCUCUGUACUCUUGGUCAGUAGGAGGUGGAUAUAGUUACCUGAAUGAGUUGAUGGCUAUUAAAGCGGAACUUAAACCACUUGGAAUCCCAUUAACUGUAUCCGAGAUGAAGUACGGGUAUGAUGUUCAAAGUAGCAUAAAACAGCAAGUUAUUAAUGCUAUAGACUUUGUGUCUGCCCACGUAAUGCCAUAUUAUGGUACAUGUAAAAUGCCUGGUGACGUCUGGUGGGAUAUAACCAAUGAUAUCGAUCAAUUCCAAAAAAUGAUACCAG